AUGUCGUUCCGUGGUGCAUCUAGAGGUCGCGGCACGGGUGCCAACCGUGGAGGCUUCGGGGCUCGCGGUGGCCGUGGGGGGAUGCAGCAGUCGUUAGGGCCACCAGCUAGCGUACUAGAAAUGGGCACCUUUAUGCACUCUUGCGAAGGAGAGAUGGUCUGCGAAUCGAUCAACCCAAAGAUCCCAUACUUCAACGCACCGAUAUAUUUGGAGAACAAGACUCCAGUUGGAAAAGUCGAUGAAGUUCUAGGGCCAAUCAACCAAGUAUACUUUACGAUCAAACCCCAGGAUGGAAUUGUCCCAACAUCCUUUAAAGCCGGUGACAAAUUCUACAUUGGAGGAGACAAGCUAUUACCAUUGGAGAAAUUCCUUCCCAAGCCCAAACCACCACCAGGUGCGCCAAAGCCAAAGAAGAUCGGAGGCGCAGGACGUGGAGGCGCAGCGCGCGGUGGUAGAGGAGGAUUCUCCCGCGGCGGACGAGGUGGUGCUCCCCGGGGUCGUGGUGGUUUCUCACGCGGAGGCGCGCGUGGUGGACGAGGUGGCAGCGGCGGAUUCUCUCGCGGAGGUGCUAGAGGAGGUUCGCGAGGGGGAUUCCGUGGACGAGGGUAA